AUGGCGUCUCGUAUGAAAAAGCUAUUUCAUCGUAAGAAGGACAGCGAUACUGAACAACCACCUCAGCGUACUCGAGCACCGAAUUCCGACAGGAGUGACCCAGCUCUUCGUACCUCCCGUUACGAGUCAACAGAGCCGGGCGAGCUUCCGCAGACCGGAGAUUACCCCGUCAAAGGAAACGACAGCUCAGUCAUAUUACAGCAAGGGCGCAAAUCGUCCGUUUCGCGCAGCCGCCGUAAUUCGGGCACCCCUCAUAACCUACCCUAUCGAUCAUCUACCCCAAAUCAGUACGAAGCAUCGAACCGCGCUCCUCAUAUGACCCCACCACCAGUUGUAGCUCGGUCCAACGAUCCUUACCAACAGAGCUCAGCAAUGCCCAUGGGAGGUCAAGAAGAAAGGCGCAGGCGUGAUAUUCCACAAGACCUUUCUGGUUUGAAUCUGGGUAAUAUAGCUCCAACGACGGUAACGCAGACCGUGACGACCACACGUACGCCCCACCAAGGAUACAAUGCGAACAGAGGCACUCCUCAAAACCAAGGAUAUGCUCCCAGGGACAUUCCUCAAGAACAAGGAUACUCUUCCCGGAACAAUGCCGCCCUUCAACAUCAAGAGUAUGCUCCCGGGAACAAUGCCACUCCUCAACGCCAAGAAUAUGCUCCUCGCAACAACAACACCACUCCUCAACACCAAGAGUACGCUCCUCGAAACAGCGCUACUUCCCAAAAUCGAGAAUACGCUCCUCGAAACAACGCUGCUGGUAUUAGACCUGUUAACGAAGGGAACGCUCAGAAAGUUUCAAUGUCUCAACCAUAUCGAGGGAAUUCAUCGUCAAAUCCACGAUCCAAUGCCUACGGCUCUCCGAAUCUGCAAGAUGAAGAUGACACAGGUCUAGCACGACAGAAUUCGAUUCCUAGAAAACAAAUAGGCACGUCUGCGAAUGCACCGUACUCAUCUGUCCAGGCCUCAUCACCUCCGAGUGCCCAGACAGACUAUAGCCGACAGCAGAGUGCUCCCAAACCUCUACCAUCUACACCAGCGGCUGCAAGCCGUGGGUACACUGAUCGCCAGACGGAUUCUGCUCCUCAGCCGUCCAACAUCCUCAACAGAUCAAGACCAAUUUCCACAAGCCAAGCUGGCCUACGGGACGCUCACGAUGUCGUAGAUCGAGCAAAGAAUCAUACUUACGACACUCAAGUCGUUGAGACUGUGGCACUAGCCGUCGUCCACGAAAAGGUUCAUAGAGCUGUUCAUCAUGUUCGUGAGGAGGUCAUUACCCGCGAGAUACACACUCAUGAUGUUUACCACCGGGUUCAGCCAAUAGUGGACGUGGAAGUGCUUCCUCCGCGACAUUUUUUGCCCGUCGAAGGUGGUGGACUCGUGGAAAUCAGUGCACAAGAGGUACCCGGCAGAGCCAGCAAUUGGGUUAUUGCAGAAACGGCGUCCAAAAUUCCGUCGGACCAAGCUGCACCUCCUGGAACGACGCAAUUCACUGCCCGAAGUUUUCCUGGUCGAGAAGGUGAUGCUGUAAAAUACAUGAGUCCCGAGGGAUAUGAAAAGACGGAGCAGACAUGGGUCCAUCCACCUGAGUUGGAGGAAGGCGCUCGUCUCACCGGACAAUCAUGGCCUAUGGUAAUCGGAGAGGAGCCGCCAGGAAAGGGCGAGCAUGGAUUUGCGGGAGCUCAUGGAUUCUCGACUCCAAAAGCGACAAAGAGAAAGAGCCCCAAGAGAAAUCCAGCGGUUCAGGGCAGUCCAGCGCCGCGAGCUGGUGGAGGACCUGGCAGAGCAUGA